AUGACUACCAAUCAUGACUUUUAUUUUGCACUUCUCCGCAUAUCUAUCCUUCAAUUACUGAAGGCACAAGGAUUUGACAGGGCAAGACCAAGUCUGGUGGACGUUAUGACCGAUCUCUAUGCGAAGUUCCUAAGUUUGUUAGCAUCAGAGAUCAGUUCUAUUGCUCAGGCGAGAUGUGACCAGGACGAUACGAUUGCUUUACAGGACAUAACGCUGGCUCUAGAAAAUCUAGGCAUUGUUAAGCCCACGAACGUUCUGGAUGUCUAUGAUGAAAACUCAGAAUUAUCAAGUUCGCGAGGAAUGGAGAAGUUCAAGGACUGGUGUAUUUAUAGUACCCAAUUGAGCGACACACGAAUAACCGCCCUACCUACAGUGGAAUUGCUACAAAAUGAGGAAAAAGAAUCUGAUCCUUUGUCAGCAAUACCAGACUACCUCAACCAAUUACUGCAAAACAAGGGUGCCAAACAGAAGUUAGAAACGAAAAACAGGAAAACAGAGUUAAUAGAAGAUCUAAUAAAUAACAAUGGACUGGAUGACUGGAUCAAAUUAGUCGUAGCGAGACAACGUAUAAAUAUGAUCGAAAGAGCUUCCAAAAAAGAAUCCCAAAAUGUGGCGGCUUUGCCUCAUAUUACAGGCUAUAAGUCUUCGAUUUUAAGCCAUCACCACCAUACUACGAUAACAAAUGAAGACAGGAUGCCUUCGGCUAUGACCCCAAGAGAUGAGGAUGCCUUAACGGGGAUCCAAGAAAAUCCAUAUGUAACUAGCAAGCUGCCGAUAAUGAGAAAAGAAAAUAGAUUAGAAAACAUAGCUCUUUCCUUUGAGGAUGAGGAGCUUGAAUCACCUAGCGAAGUAGAAGAUCCCAGCCAAAUAUCUCAAGAGAAUAACAAUGGGGAAAGUUUUAAAGAGAGCAACAAAAGUGUAACAGAAUCGCCUCAUGGUGAUGACCGUGAUAUAUCGAUGUUUCAAUUCGACUCUAAUGUAGAUACCAAGUGGGCAGAACAGGAAGAUAUGGACAGCACAUUUCAACGCCGAACUUCGCUAGAUUACGGGGGCUACUUUUAA